AUGACGGAGGCGGCGGAAGGAACGAGCGCAUACGAGGACGAGAGCGAGAUGAUCUGGCGCCAGUGGCUGUGUGCGGCGCGGUACUGGUCGGCGGCCCGGCGUUUGCCGACCCCUGGUUGGAGCUGCAGCCUUGGGCCCGAGACCUUUACGUCAACACGCCGCAGUGGUCCAGAGUUCCCUCGGUGGGUCACGUGCAGGCGAGCCGCCCCCCCCACUCCCGCCGACGAGUGCCUGCUUCCGCCUGCCGACACGCUGUGCGUUGCGCACUCCUUCAGCACGGACAGCGGAGACUUCCUCAGGACGACGACAUCUUUAGGCCGUCAUGUGCGGUUCGCGCGGGUCGCCGGGGCAACGCUUUGGUCGGUCGCCAGCACAGGAUGUGGACGGAGUGGCGGACGUCGCCGAGGAAGACGGGCGCCGGGCCGGCGUGUCGCGAAAGCUGGCCGACAUCACGGCCGGCUGGGACACUGCACACAACAGAGCUCUGCGCCAUCCGUGGCUGCCAUGGCAACAGAGCCUUCAGGCUGGAUUACGCCCUGCGGCCACAGGAGGGCGCUACAUACCCACUCUGAUGAGUCGAUGGGUCCACUUCCUGUACGCCGACCUGCUGAGCACCGAGCGGCGCGAUUUCCAGAAGCGGAUCGAGCUGGGAACGUUGCGGCGCGUGCAUCGCCCGGUGGCCCGCGUGCACUUGAAGUGGGCCGGCUUUCCGGGUGGGAGGGGGGGGUCUGUAUUUAAAUAAUAUACAUGUAUAUGUAUAUAUUUGUUAAAAUUGUUUGUUUUUUUUAGCCCUCAAUGAACUUCAAGCAAAGAAUUUUAAAACCUAUAAUAACAGUGAUGAAAAUUUUGGGGAAAUUCAAAAAUAUUCUACUAUAUUUUUUUGUAUAUUGCCUUAGAUGAGGAUAUAAUAUUAAAUAUAUAACAUUGGAUAAGAUUAAAAUGACUUUUAACCAAUAAUAAUAUGAUCAAAUUAAUCAUUGAAAAAUUAUUUUAGCCGUUGAUGGAAAGACUGUUAAAUAAAUGCAUGUUUUUGUUGUUUUUGCCUUCAACUUGGAUAUCAUGAACUAUUAAAUGGUUAAAAUAAAUAAAAUGAUUUCUUAACCAAUAAUUACAGUCUUUUAGCACUCGAUGGACAUACUGUAGAAUAAAUGAACGAUUUCUAUUGAGCCUACAGACGAAAAUGAUCUGUGUUUUAAGAAAUAAUAGAAUAAAUGGUAUUAAAAAUACUGAAGCAUCUUUUGUAAUUAUUUUCAUCCCUUGAUGCUCUAAAUAUUAACAUGUAAAAUAAUAAAUACACGAAAAAUAUAUAUGAAAUAAAAGCAAACAAUAUUUGAAGGAACGCAAACAUAGACUUUAUUACAAACUGUAUUCUAUGCAAUAAGAUAAUAUAAGAAAACCAAAAUAUUAGACCAACCACAGUCAUUAAAAAACAGUCACAUGAAUCCAAAAUUGAGUGUUAUUAUCUGGUGUACCUAAUGAAGUGUCUGGUGUGUGUAUUCCACCAUCUAGUGGACAAAAUGGAUGGCCUACUUUAUGGACUUGCACGUUUGUAAUGCAGAGCCCAAAGCCUAUAAAUAGUGCAGUAAAUAAAAGCUUUUAAACAGACACUGCAGCUGAAUACAUAAAAGUCGUUGCGAUCUCAGCAUUUAAGGCCCUCGCUUGCAACAAUUGUCUGAUUAUCGUUUGUGGUUGUUGUUGUUAGUUUGUUGUUGUUGCUUUAAGUCAAUUCCCAAACAUUUUCAUGCUUUUUCCGCAUUUUACACGGUCUUAAGUUUUUAGCGACACGAAUCCAAUGUCAUCGCUGUGCACACAAACGCAGCUCCGAACAUUCUGUUUCGUGUGUCUUGUUAAAUUCCGUGUCAAGCUGACUUGGGGCGUGCUCAUCGGUGUCUUUAUAUGGUCAUUUUUGGGAAGAGUCCAAAGAACGAAAGUGUCUCACAUUGUGUGAGUUAUGCCCGAACAUUCUGAUUUCCAUUUUAUGUUUUUGCGUGAAUGUUUUAAUUUACUGUCUCGGUGGAUGCGCUGAGCGUAUAAAAGGCCAAGUGGAACAUAUUUAAACUGUGACUCAUGCGUGAAGGUUCGACUGGAAGCCAUUUAAAUGAGACCUGCUGUGCUCUAAUAGCAAGAAAUAAAAAAAAUUCAAAUGCAAGGUGUCUGAAUGCAAACACUUGAAAUGACUAUUUUUACGUUGAGUAAAAUGUUGAUUUUGUGCAAUAAAACUUGAUUGU